AUGUCAGCCGCAAUCGACAACGAAGACCUGGAGGAGCUCUCCAUCUCCAUGCCCGCCCAACGGCGAGGAGCUGGCGCCGCAAGCACCACCAAGGCCCAGGACCAUGCCGUCGCGCCGCCCACUGCGCUCGGCACAGCUGUGCAGGAGAGCAAGAGCAAGGACUCCAAGGCGAACCAGCGGCUCGGACAGUACACCAUAGUCAGGACACUAGGCGAGGGCUCGUUCGGUAAAGUUAAACUGGCGACACACCAGGUCAGCGGCCAGAAGGUGGCUCUCAAGAUUAUAAAUCGCAAGCGACUCGUCACUCGAGACAUGGCCGGCAGGAUAGAGCGCGAGAUCCAGUACCUGCAGCUGCUACGACAUCCUCACAUCAUCAAGCUGUACACAGUCAUAACGACACCAACUGAGAUUAUCAUGGUCCUUGAAUACGCCGGCGGUGAGCUGUUCGACUACAUCGUCAACCACGGGAAGCUGCAGGAAGCCCAGGCGCGCAAGUUUUUCCAGCAGAUCGUCUGCGCCGUUGAAUACUGCCACAGACACAAGAUCGUACAUCGAGAUCUAAAGCCCGAGAACCUCCUGCUCGACGACGAGAGCAACGUCAAGAUUGCCGACUUCGGACUCAGCAAUAUCAUGACAGACGGCAACUUUCUCAAGACAAGCUGUGGAAGUCCCAAUUACGCCGCACCCGAAGUCAUAUCUGGAAAGCUGUAUGCAGGUCCAGAGGUCGAUGUCUGGAGUUGCGGUGUCAUCCUCUACGUCCUACUCGUAGGCCGACUACCCUUCGACGACGAGUACAUUCCCACUCUGUUCAAGAAGAUUGCGGCCGGACAAUACAGCACGCCAAGCUAUCUAUCCCCUGGCGCCACGUCUUUGAUCAGGAAGAUGUUGAUGGUCAACCCCGUACACCGCAUCACAAUUCCUGAACUUCGACAGGAUCCCUGGUUCACCAAAGAUCUGCCUGCGUAUCUUGAGCCACCUGCCCAAGACUUCUUCGAUAGCGGCGCUGACCCGAACAAGGCAAUCGACCCCAAGGCUCUGGCACCAUCAGCAGAUGCUCCCCGUGUACAGGCGCUACAUGAGAAUGUUGUCUCGAAGCUUGGCAAGACUAUGGGUUAUGCAAAGCAUGAUGUGCAAGAUGCGUUGGCGCGGGAUGAGCCAAGUGCAAUCAAGGAUGCCUACUUGAUUGUUCGAGAGAAUGAGAUGAUGCGGAAGAAUCCUUUAUUAACAGGUGCUGAAUGGGAUCAAAUGUCGCCUCCUACUCACGACAGUCACAUGGAUAAAUUCAGGCCCCAAUCGCUGAAUGCAGCUACUCGUCCACAGUUCAUACCGCCAUCAAAUUCUGAACACGAACGAGUACGUCAAGGCUCAAAUGCCAGUAGCCAGCUUGCGAACAUUCGAAGUCCUGUCAGCACAGUUGCUAUCUUGCCUAGCAGUCUCACGGAAUACCACAAAGCCUAUAUGAAAGGUCAUCCGCGACCUCUGAACAAAGUCCAAGAACAUGAUGGUCUCCCACCCACCCCAGAACAAACUGAAGAACAACGGCAGAUCUCAGCCAGAAGGUUGAAACCGAACUUCCGCACGAUGCCAGAAGCAGGCAGAAACAAACCCGAGCCAAUGACAAGUCUACCAGCCAAGAAACCUAGAGCGACCAAGUGGCAGUUUGGUAUCAGAUCUAGGAACCAGCCCGCAGAGGCAAUGCUUGCGAUAUUCAAAGCACUCAAAGCGAUGGGUGCUGACUGGGAAGUACCUAAGAUACGUAGAGCAGGCGGCAGAAGUGGAUCUCGUAGCCGCAGUACCUCUCGGACUCCCGACGAUCGCUCACCACCUAAGUCACGAAGUCAAUCGCAAGACUCGAUAUCAUCGCACUCUUCGCAUGAAGAUCAAGGAGCUAGAGUGAACUCGCCACAUCGUGAGCCGCUUAGUAUACGUAACAAAGAUGCAAAUGAACAGGAGACAAGAGGUCGGCAAAAGAGGCAUUACAAUCACACCAAUGACUGGGGUUACCAUGUACCGGAAGAUCCGUGGGUCAUCAAUGCCCGCUUCCGCAAAGAAGGCAUGUUCCCUCCUGGCGUCGCACAUCCUUCUUCGACGCACUCGUCGCGCGUGGAUCUCGCCAACGAUCCCUCUGGUCUUCGCAGGCGUAGUUCGACCAACGCAAGCGCAUCGAGUAUCCACGGAGUGGAUGGCAUGACUCCGUCUGAGCGUGCAGCUUCCCGCGCCGCUUCCAUUAGCGAAGGGCACGCUGACCCCGACGAAGCGGUCUACAUAUACAUGUCCAUUCAGCUGUACAGUAUCGACCGCGACUUCUUCGUCGUAGACUUCAAAUGCGCAGGCUACGAGCGUCUCGUUUCCAAUCUUGUCCGUGAAAUAAAGGCGUCUCCUUCCAUCACAUUAUCUUCUAGUCAUUCAAACCCACACCAAGAUGGUUGGGAUGACGAACAGGGUGUGUGGCGUAGACUGGGUGAAGGUGAGCCGCUGCCAGAGGAUUUGGCGAACAAGCUCCGUGAGGGGGGUACAGAUAUUCUCCGAGAGCGAACGGAGCUUGUGGGUGCUGGACGGCAGGAAGGAGAGAAGAUUGUCACUAGUCCUUUUCCUUUCUUGGAUGUCGCUAGCACGCUUAUUCUGCAGUUGAGCGGAGAGUAG